CUCAGCAAGUGUCCAGACCUCCUGUGCAUUCAGAUAUCCAUAACCACAUAAUCAGGUUAUGUGAUGAUACUCAGCUGCAGUUUAGAUACCUAAACCAGUGACAGUUGAUCACCUUUCAAAUGGCAGUCAAUUUGUGCUCAAUGACACCACUUCCUUUCCUUGUUAUGCUCCUGCUCACCAUUUUACGUAUGCUCCACUUUGUCCUUGUUACAGAUGAAGAAGCUAUUCUACUGGCCAAAACAGCUCAAGAUGUCUUCUGCUUUUCUCGAACCUUUGAGGAUCUCACCUGUUUCUGGGAUGAGCCAACCCAUGUGAAAGGAGCCUAUCAAUUCUUCUAUACAUUUGAAGGAGACAAAAGUCGAGAAUGUGCUCUAAUCUCUAUGAAAAAUACAGAUGGAAGUUGGCGCCACAUCUGCACAUUUCCUGAAAACUAUAAUGGCAUUCAGCUCUUUAUUGAACUCAAUGUUGAAGUGUUGGAUCGUGUUAGUAAUCACACCAUAUUCUCACAGUAUCUCAGAGUGAAUACUGUUGGUCUCAUUGCUCCACCAACAAAUGUAACAGUUGAGUGGCCAGGGAUUGCCCAACAGUUGCUUGUAAAUUGGAUGGCUCCAUCUAUCAGCUAUGCAGACUUCUUGAUUUAUGAAGUUCUUUAUGGUGUUGAGGAUUCCAUUCAGCCACUAUUCAGGAUUGAAGUGAAAAACAGCCAAAUGUGCCAGCUCAAGAAUCUCCUUCCAGGACAGCAAUACCACAUCCAAGUUCGCUCCAAACCUGAUGGCCUCUCUCUUGAUGGCAUUUGGGGACCCUGGUCUCCAGCAGUGACAGCAGAAACACCCCAUCUUCCUGAGGCAAUUGGUCUGCACUGCUUCACUCCAGAUUUGUAUCAAUUGCACUGCCACUGGAACAAGAAACCUCUGGGUUCUGGCCCCUUUCACAGCCUCUUGUACUGGAUGGAGAGCAACAGCAGCAGCACAAGAGGGCAAACCUGGCACAAAUGUAAGAAGGAAGACCCUGAUUCCUGCGCGUGCACCUUUCAGCCUAGUGACACUCAGUACCUUUCUAUCCUGGUGACUAUCAGCCAGAGUGAGCAAGAGGUCAGCUACUUUGAAGAGCCAUUCAAACUGUACCAUGUGGUGCACACUGCUCCCCCAAGAAUCCUGGAGGCUUCAAUAGACAGAAAUAUACUAAGGCUGGAGUGGGCCUACCCAUUAGAAGAAAUAGCUGAACACAUGGUAUAUCAGAUACGGUAUACGGUGCAGGACACCUUGAAAUGGAAGAUCCUACAGGUGCAGUACUCAAACACCAGUGAAAUUCAUCUGGCCACCCAAGAUCGCUACUGCCUUCAGCUGCGCACCCAGCCAGAUGGCCAGAAGUUCCGUGGGGACUGGAGCACCUGGUCAGAAUUAGUGUGUGUUGAAGUCCCACCUGGUGCAGAUUCAGUGAUUAUGAUCGUGGCCAUUGCACUCUUGCUGUGUGCAGGACUUGUGCUGGGUCUGGGCUUCACCUGCCUCUCCAACUACAGCAGUGUGAAACAAAAGCUCUGGCCAAGCAUUCCAGAACUACAUCAUGUCCUAGAUGGAUUCUUCAAGGAUAAUGGCAAGCAGCAGCAGCAGGUAAAUGCUUUAUUUUUCAACAAAAUGCUGGAGGAUGUGCCUUUGACUUGCUUGUUGGAAGUACUAUCUGACAAACCCCUGGAAACACCAAGCUUUGACACUUUGCUAGAUAUGGAUUCAGCAGAACAGGCAGAAUGGGGCAGCCGGCCUUCUUCCCAUCAGCACUACAUGGUGCUGAGUUCUAACAAUCCCCAAAGCAGCCACCAUAAAAACGAAUACUUUGAUGACGAAAAUGAUAAUGGAAAAGCUUUCCCACAGUCCUUGGAACAUGAUCUACACAUAACAUCAGAGCCAAUGACCCAAAUAAUUCCCUUCACCUUGUUGAAUGUACCAUCAGAGAUUAAAGAAGAAAGAAAGCAGGAAAUGUCUGAUGACCAAACCGCAUCUGUCACUGACAUUUCAAACAAGACAUAUUUGCUAAUGGGCUGAUUAUGUCUAUCAUUGGAGGACAGCACUAUGAGAAAUUAUUAGGUCCUGUAGGAGUUUGCAAUACAAUACAGGCAAUUUUCAGUGGUAAGGCAACUGUUUAGCCAGUACUCCUCAACUCUGUUUCUUAUGGACCAACUGAAUUGAGCAACUGCAGAUAGGCCAAUUUUUCAUGGACAAAAGCUACCUUGAAAUUUUGGAAGGCAAUGAUGCAAAGUGACUAGAACUCUACUCACACAGAGCUCACUUUUUCUGGUUUGA